AUGGAGGGCCCUGAGGGUGUGGGGGGACCUGAGGCGGUAGCAGAGGCCGCCGCCGCCGCCGGUUGUGACUCCUGGAUCCAGAGGGCCUUCGAGCAAGUGCUCGCCUCUUCCUCCUUGAGGCUUUCCCUCCCCACUGGCCGGCCAGUGGCGGUGUUGGCCCUGGAAAGAUACAUGGCGGACGCCCCAUCGCCCGGCACGCCGUCUAAGCCAACUGUUGGUGGCGGUCACGUCCACGUCGCCCCCUCGUCCUCCUACUGUUACGAUGUGACUGUCUGGGACGGCGUGUACCAGGAGAAGUGCCUCCUGGCCCCUGAGCUGAACCCCCUGGUGCACAAGAAUGCCCUGCGCUGUGGCCUGUGGGUGGAAAUCAUGCAGUGUUCGUACAUGUAUAAUGAGAGGAAACUGGGUGCUGGUUUUCUGUGUGUCGAGAAGCUCCGAAUCGUGGGAGCGCCAGGCGUGGACAUCUCCCCAGAGCAAAAAGAAUAUAAAGCAAAACCCAGAGUGCCACUGAAGGGUGCCAAGAAACAUUAUCUUCCUUUGUGGAACAAUGAAGAUCCAUAUGGGGGUGUGUGGGUAGAAAAGAAGCUUUCACAGGAUGUUUGUGUUGAUGAUUCCAAACUUACUUCGCUCUCUCAUCUGGAGAUGAGCUGGAGGACCAAAAUGAGUUUCCCACCCUUGCUUGUUAGAGUCCUGCAUAAAGCCAGAUUGCGGUACUAUGGGAAACCUGACACAAAACUAGAUGUGCCAUACCAGGCUUACUUUGAAGUGGCAGAUCAUUCUGGUAUGAUGUCAGUGGUCCUGUGGAAUUCCUUAUGCCUUGAAUGGUAUAGCAGUAUGAAGAUUGGUACAGUGCUGCUACUUCAUCAAUAUGCUGUCAAAACAAGUUAUCCUUUCAAAACACAGCCAACUCCUGGGGAUUUGCAUAUGAAGAGAUUCUCUUCAAUAGAAAUCUCCUUGAAUGUUCGAGAUCCUCCAACUAAAAUUCACAUUAUUCCAGAAAGUAAGGUUAAAAAAGAGUGGAAGUUGCCUGAUGUUAAAUACCGUUUCAUAACAAGGUCAGAACUAGAUAACUUACCAAACAAUCAUUCCUGUGAUAUUAUUGGACUUGUAAAAUAUGUUGGAAGGACUGAACGUACCAGAAAAAGAGAAUAUGGGGAAGAUUUCUGGAUCCAUCGUUGGGUACAUGUUGUUGAUGGGACCUCAGAAGAACCUUUCAUACUGGAAUUGUUUGCUACUUCUCAGCCAGAGAUUUUUGAACAAAUUCACCCAAUGACAUAUUUGGUGUGUACUCAGAUGAGGGUGGUACGAGAUACUGUUGAAAGUGGCUUCACGACUUACCUGACAACAUCUAAUGAAAGUCAAAUGUUUAUUACAGGGUGGCACAAAGGCCAGCCGUAUACGAAAGAUACCAAAGUGAAAAGCUUUAUUCAGUGGAUUAACACUCAGAAGGAAGAUUAUCAUAUGGAGAAAACAGCAAUUGGUGGAUAUUAUCCUUUCCCACCAGUUCCAAAUACUUUUUCAAAGUAUUGCAAAAAUAGUAAAGUUGAAUCAGUUUUGACAACCAUCAGUGAAAUGGAGAAGGAGAUUGAAAGUCUGCACUACAGGGAGCACAAACGCAUUGCUAUUCAGGGGAUAAUUAGUGCUAUAAGAUAUGUCAGCUGUGGCAGAACAUCUCAAGAUGCUUCAGGAGUGGAAGCAAUACAGAUUAACAAGGAGCCAUUGUUUCAGAGUUCUGUGUCAAAAAGUAACCGAGUUAAGGAAGGAAGGAAGAAGUUUCAACCAUUGAGAGAAACAAGAUCUGUGCAAAGGUCACCGCCAUCUAUGCAGGAGCAGCAAUACGUAGUAACCAAAAAAUCUCCAGCAAAGAGAAAGAGUGAGACUGUGGAGAAAAGAGAAUCUCCUGGGUCUAAAAGUCCGUAUUUCACAAGAUCAGCAGGCAAGAAAACCAUGAUGCAUACAGACUUGAAAGAAAAUUGCCUUUCAAGAAAAAAAAGUCAAGAAGAGACAGAAUUAACCCAGCCUUCUAGAACAGGUAACAAAGAAAAGUCUAAUGUGCCUGAAACAGUUCAAGCGGAAAGGAUAUGUCAUAAUUCCUGGCAAAGUGCUCUCUGGACAGCCGUGAAAGACAAUUUAACACAACACUUGCACUACAGCAGAGUCUCCCCAGAAAGCUUUCCUUGUAAAUUUGAGUACAUGCACAAAGAAUUCCUUAUGCAACGAUAUAAUCUUCAAGCCGCCCAAUGCAAGCCAAAAGAAUGGAAAACAAAAGAAGGAAUGGAUUGCUUUGAAAACACUUGUCCCCUCGAAUACUAUGAAGUGGCUAUUCUUGGCAUAAAUCAUGACAUAGCAGUAGAUGUUGCCUUCCUGCCUGUGUGUUGCCCUGAAGAUUCCCAUUUAUUCCGAGCAGAAGACGUAUUAAAUGAUGCAGUACUGACCAGCGUGAGUGGUACUCCGUGUCAGCAGGAGGCCAUUAACAAAGAAGGGCUUUCUGAGUUAUUUUCACUUUCAGAUGAAGUUGUAAAAGCAGCUGCUGACCUGGAAAAACAACGUGUCGUCUGUAUUCUGGAUGUCUGUUCUUUGAGUGAAGAUGAAGUUGAAGUCUUCCUUAAUAAAGUGUAUAAAGUUACAGAAGCUGAUAUAACAAACCAAACAUAA